AGAGAGAGGGGGAGGCGAAGAAAGACGCGGGAGAGAUGAUGAAGACGACCCUCAAAGGCAAGUACGAGAGCAUCAAAAACUCCGUUACCGCCUCCCUCACGGUCGAUACCAACCUCGGCGACCUCAAGCUCAAGACCUCCGUCGCAGACGUCGCCGCAGCCUAUGCCUCCUUGCCCUCCUCUCUCUCCUUCACCCUCGAGAAGCCCCGUUCCUUCUCAAUCGACUACACCCCCGAAAAAGACGACGUCAAGUUCAAGUUCAUGAACUCUGUGAAGGUGAUGGAGAAGGCGGUGGAUCUGACGUACACGCACACGCGGGGGGAGAAUCGGACGGAGGUGGAAGGGGCGGUGGCGUUAGACGCGGGGAACAAGAUCGCGGUGAGCAACGUGCUGGGGACGGAGGAGUGGAAGGUGCGGUACACGUACGCGCACGGCGCGCUCCGGCGGACGGUGAUCGAGCCCUCCUACGACGUCAAAGCGAACGCCUGGGACUUCGCCGUGACGAGGAAGUUCGAGCACGGCCAAGCCGUCAAGGCCACCUUCCGGUCCUCCUCCAAGGCCUUCGAUCUCGAGUGGACCGGGGACAUACCCUACAAUACAACCAUUAAGAUUUCUGGAUCUAUCAAUAUGACGGAGAAAAUCGCAGCUCCAAAACUUACAGCUGAGAGUACGUGGAUUUAUGAGAUCUGAUAAUUUAUAGAAUCUGAAAAAUUCUCUGAUAUAAACAGAGAGAUGGUUGUAAUUUUAUAGUUUUUAUUUUCCAGAAGGUUUUAAUUUCUAUCAAAGAAUUUAUUUGUCUUCUGUAAAAUACUGAAAAUUAAUGUAUGGUGUUGAAACUGA